AUGAAAUCGAAAUCGCUGCUUGGCGCGGCCGCAAUUGCGCUCGUGUCGAUGAUGCCGCUUGCCGUUUCUGCGGAGGAGCUUUCCGUCGCGAAUUUUGUACCGCCGCAACAUCACACGAAUUCAGUCCUGUUCAAAUGGUUCGGGGAGGAAGUCGACAAGCGUUCGGGCGGGACGCUCACGAUCAAGGUCUACCCGGCAGGCCAGCUUGGCGCAGGGCCGGUGCAACAAUACAAGCGCGCCGUCGAAGGCGUUGCGGAUAUUACCUUUGGGCUGCAGGCCUACACGCCCGCCAUCUUCCCGAAGACGAUGUUGAUCAUUCCGCCGGGCAAGGCAACAACUGCACUGGAGGCCACGGAACGUCUCCUGUCGGUAUACGACGAGCAUCUGGCUGACGAAUACGAGGACGUGAAACUUCUUGGUGUGUUCACUGUGGCUGGAAAUGCGUGGGCCGCAACGGGGGACUAUUCGACGCUCGCAUCCCUGGCAGGAACGAAAAUGGUGCCCUAUGCGGCGAUGACGACACCACUUGUCGAAGCCUUGGGAGCAGUGCCGGUGCAGAUGCCCGUCACGGAGAUGUAUACCGGACUGAGCACCGGAACCAUCGACAGCACGACGGCCACUUACAACAACAUGACACCGCCGUGGAACUUCUGGGACGUUUCAAGCCACUUCAUCGAGAAUGUACCGGUUCAGUUUGCCGUGUUUUUUGUCGCGAUGAACAAGGAACGCUAUCUGGAACUCUCCGAUGAGCACAGGGCCAUCAUCGACGACCUCGCCGGCGAGACUUUCUCGAUGAUGGGUGCCCGGAGCUUUCAUGGUGCAGACGAGCGUUCGCUCGAGAUCAUGAAGUCCGCACCGCAAAUGGAAAAAGUCAGCUGGGUCUCGGUUGCCGACGAAGAACGGGAAAAGAUGGAUGCGGCCGUGGCCGAAGGCAUGAAGGCAAUUUUCGCCGAUUAUGCCGAUCGCGGCAUCGACAAUGCCGAAGAUAUCUACAACGCGAUCAACAAGUGA